AAUUACAUUUGGCCGUGUUCGGAGGUGUCCGCGGAUAAAAAGCGUCAAAAAAGAAAAAAACGUGAACGUUGCUACGUGAAUUAGUUAUCAGUGGGAUAACCACGAUUCGGGCGGGAUUCCAACCGAUCCAGUGCGUCGCAGUUCGGAGUGCUCGUCGUAACGGUAAAAAGGUGAAAAAUCAGCCAAGGGCGAGGUUUCGUACCUACACUCCGUGGGCAAGGUCAGCUCCAAAGGCCUAAUACGAAGCAUAAAGAUCCAUACCUCGAUCGCAUUGGGAAUGAAAUAUGCGCUGCACCAGACCAAAAUAGAUCAGCGGUGUGCUUUAAUUCUGAGGCACUGAACUUUACCGCGAAUACACUCGACCGAAUCGGUAUUGUCAACAGCUAUUAUAUCCCAAAAAUCAGAAAAAAUGCCGGAGGCGCGUCAGGGAUGCAUUACAUAUGAUAUGCCUUCUCGAACAAAAUAUGAAGGUCUCCCGAUGAAGGUUUUCUUCGUGGGCACUGAGAAUGGAAACACUUGGAGGAGGGAGAACAGUGAUCUUGGAAGAAUCUCUAAGUCACCUCAGCACGUAGAAGUAGACCAAUCGGUCAGGAGAAGGAUCAAGAACAGUCGUCUUAUCUCCUGUUGCUGCAUGCGCCACUCCACGCGGACAGUCGACAGCGAAGCUAUCCAGCUCGAAGGCGAGGCAAUCGUUGCCGAUCAGCAGGUGCCAGAGCACCAUUUACCACGGAAGCUGUCCAGCUCACUGCCAACUACACCGCAAUUGGGCCAACGGGUGGUGCGAGGACGUGGCUACAAGAAGCUCUCAUGGAAUGAGGAGCUGCCGCACCGGCAGCCAGGCGAGUCAUCAAUGAUUGCCCAGGGCCAGGAGGCCAGGGCCAAUCCGCCGCUCACCUAUCAGCAGCUCACCCACAACAACAACAACAACAACAACAACAAUAAUAAUAACAAUAAUAACAACAACAACGAUGAGGAGUACGAUCCCAUUGCCAAAUACUUUGCCAACACGCAGCAUCGAAAGCUAUCUCCUGGCAUCGCUGCGAAAAGCUCACGGAUUCUCUGCGAGAAUUGCUGUGGGGAGAGGCAGCAACAAGUUGGCAGCUCUAUGGACCGCCAAAAGCAACAGCAGCAGCAGCAGCAGCAGCAACGGCAGCAACAGCAGCAACAUCAUCAGCAGCAGCAGCAGAAGCAACAGCUGCCAUUUGGGGACUACGAUUCAGUGUCCGAUUUGUCGUCGUUUCGCUUUGUCUUCGAUGGGGAGGAAGUCGAUUCCACGAGGCGCGUAUUUGUCGAUGCUCAUUAUGAGGAUGCCGCUGACGACGACGAUGACGUUGCGCGGCCGCCGGUUAUAGAAAUAGAAAAGCGGCAGCCGAAUACAUCAACAACGAAAACGGAAAAAUCAACAGAGGCGGAAACAACAACAACAACAACAGGAGCAGUGGGAGUCGCGUCAUCGCCAGUGUUGUCCCUGUCAUCUGAAAUCAGCGACGAGUCACCAGCAAUUUGUUGUUAUACAAUUGACAAAAAACUGUCACAGCAGCAGCAUCUACAACAGCAAUCGCAACAAGCGCAUCAGCAACUUCUCACCCAGCAGCCGAAGCAGAAGCAGCAACAGCAGCAACAGCAGCAACAGCAGCAACAGCAGCAACAGCAGCAACAGCAACAGCAGCACCAACAGCAGCAGCAACAGCAGCAGCAACAACAUCUGCAACACUACAAUUCCUGUGCCACCGUUAGCUAUCGAAGCUAUCGUCAUCCGCCACCAGUUCCUCCAAAACCGCGUGCCUGUGCGGAUUCUUCAGUAUCCGAUGAACCAGCUCUGAAGACACGCCGUUUGGUCUGCCAGCAACACCAGCCACCUGCCAUCGCCUCGCACUAUCCGCCUCGAGUUUAUCCCGCGAACAGCUGUUGCAUCCCCAAGGAUUAUCACCCGAAUGCCUUCGAGGCGAACUUCAGCAACAACAUCAACUACAAUUGCCGUUUCGGAUCGAGUGGGGAUUGCACUUGGGGAUUGGUGAGGGGACCGCGAUCCCUAUGCUACGAUCGACACGGACGCCUCACCUUUGACUCGGACCCGGAAGUGCUGACAGAAAAGAGCAACGGAGUGCUCAAGUCGCUCAGUGAAUCGCGUUUGCAAGUACAAUAUCACGAAGAGCCCAAAUUUCCGUACGAUCCGUACACCGACUUGUCGCGUGUGACCGCCAAUGUUAUAAACGAAGAAAGAAGCGACCGGGAUAGUUCGUUUUCUCUACCGCUGCAGCACAAUCGUGGCUGCAAUGCGCUGGCCCAAGUGAAUCCCAUAAACCAAACGAAUAAAAACCAUUUAACACAAGCUAAGCGAAAUAAUAUUCUCCUGCCCUGCCAUUGCGAUUUACAUGUGGAUGCUCCCUUCGAACUUAACAAGGAGAACGGGCACACAAUGGAGAAACGACGUAAUACCCUGGACCGCUUUCAGCGCCUCGGUUUCGGGCGUAAAUCAUCGCCAGCGGCCGCCGCCUCCGCCUCCACAUCCACUUCCACGUCCUCUUCUUCGCCAUCCACUUCCGGUCCGGAGAAGCAGCGCAAGACGUCGGAUCGUUCGGAGCGCCUGCGCGAGCUGACGGAACUUUUGCGGGGCGGCGGCGGUGGCAGCAGUUCGCGCGCCUCUUCCACGCCCACUCCGCCACCGCCUCCUCCGCCGCCGGUGCCACCGCCCCGCAAACCCCGCACCUCGCAGCCACUGGAGCGCCAGGACACGGGCGCCAGUCAAACGUCGGAGUCCGAGGCGGGAAGCAUUCACCUGCGGGGGCCCAGCGAAGAAGCCAGCACACGUCUCAGCGGCGGAGGUGGUGGUGGCGGCACCAUCAGCACCGCUGCCCGUCUGUUUGCCUCCCUUCGGCCAAACACGAGUCUCUCCAACUUGGAGGCCUUCAUGUUGAGCAACCGCGAGAAGUCCAAGUCCCCGCCCCCACCUGCGCAGCAGAAUCAGAAUCAGAAUCAGCAUCAGCAUCUGAAUCUUCGACCUGCGGGCAGCAGAUGCGUAGAUGCGUCGUCGGCCACUGGCAGUGCCAGUUUCGAGAGCACGGCGCUAGCAUCACGGUCAGACUCACGCAGCGCACACAAAUCGGCCCCAUUUCGAUCGGUCUCGUUCUCGCAGAUCGACUGCAAGUCCACGCUGAGCGCUCUGCGGGAUCGGCUGAAGCGUGACAAGGCCAUCGAGGCGCCCAGCCCCAGUCCCACGCCCUCGAAGGACGAUUUGGACCUCCACCCAGAUCCCGGCUGGGUGCGCAUUCCCCUGAAAAAGACCGAGCUGAGCAUCAACCUGAAUUACGGGCAGGAGAAGUCGCUGGACCACGACGCCAUCCAGGAGGAGGACAUCUUUAGCAACGAGUUGGCGGCCAGUGGCAGCUCGGGCAUCCUCUUCCCGGUGGCCACCGCCAGCAGUGUGAUAGCCGCUCACGCCACCAUGGAAUCGCUAACGGACACCAUUCAAUCGGAGACCGAUUGUCUGAUCAAGGAGGAGGUGCAGCCGCAAGUACCACCCGCACUGGAGAUUACACCGCCCACCUCAUCUGCCAGUGGCAGUGCCCCCAAUCUGGCCACCCUGAUGGAGGAGCAGCUGCCACUGGAGGCACCGCCGGACAACUUCCUGCAAACAGCCACCACCUGCGAGAUCCCAGUGCCGGUCUAUGAGUGUGCCGCCCAGGAAUGGCUGGAGACUCCGGCCCAGGAAUGGGUGGAGGUGGCGCCCGAGGAGUUUGGCAUUGUGCCGGAGACCAUACAGCCACCCAUCCCGCAUGCGGCCUGCAAAAUCUCCCAAACGCCGUCCACUCUGACCACAGCUGUGAGGAGUGACCUGGUGCCCACCAUAUCCGUAAGUCGGUCCUCCGAGGAGGGCGACGAACUGGCCAAGAUCGAGGAUGUGCCGCAAGUGGAGGUGGCCACUACGGCCAGGAAUACGCCAAUAGAGCAGCACUGCAAGCAGUACAGCCACGAUGAUCUAGAUUUGACCAAUGUGGAUCUAAGGAGCUCCCUGGAGGCAAUAGCUACUCCUCGACACAGUACGGAUGAGCGGCAGCGAAGGCACCUGGAUAAAACCACCAAAAGGAAAGGAAUGUACAUAGACAAUGCGGACUGGCAAGCUCCCACGGAGGCACCGAAUCGUGGCCUAGCACUGGACAUCAGAGUGGCCAAUAUGAAUGCCAUCAAGCCCGAAUCGCCAGAUGCCAGCGCCUCCGGUGCAUCCCACAUGUACAUCAGUAGCCCACAGAGCUCUUACUCCUUCGAAUUGAAUACCCCCGAGCUGGAGAAGGGUUCGCCGUCGUGGGGCAGCGGAGGAUUGGGACGCGACAAGGCCCAGCUACUGAGCAACUUCAGCUGCCACAGCAGCGAGGAGAAGGACGACGCGUCCAGUCGGAGCUUGAGCUUCCUACGCACCGAUUCCACCUCGGACAACGAGUGCGAUCGGGCGGCCAGGGAGCGGGAAAGGGAGCGGAUCACCUCGAGUCCCACGCCCAGCAGCGGCGACUACGAUUACAAGCGCUUCUCUAAACGCCCGCUCAGGGGUCCCUACGGCCAAAUGCUGGAAGCGGAGAUGAAGAAACCCAACCGGAUGCACUUCGAGGAGAUCCUUGAGGAGCUGCGAGAGACGGACAGCUUACACCUGCGUGGAUCUGCUCCUGGCGGAGCAGUUGGUGGAACAGGUGGUCCCUCCCGCAAUUUGCCGCAAUACUCCAACUCGAUGCGGGUGCGGAAGUCGAACACCUAUCUGCCGGUGCCUUCUCAUGCUCGUGCGGCUUCCACGCCUUCGCAGCUGGAACACGGCAGCAAAGCCAUUUCCGCGGCCACCGCCCAGAUCUCCGUGUCCGCAAAGAAUCUAAGCGAGGCGGAGUUGGAUGACCAGGUGCACCACAUGAAGCGCGCUGCCUCCGAGGCUCCUGCCCCCAAAUCGCACCACAGUAAGCGCAGCCAGUCGAUGAGCACCGAACGUCCAAGUCACCAUCACCAUGGUCACAGUCACGGCCACAGUCACAGUCACACCCAUCACCAUGCUGCCAAGCGAAGCUUGGAUGCGGGGUCUAGUGAUAAGGCUUCCAAGCUGACUACAUCAGCUGGUUCUCCAGGACCAGGAUCAGGAGGAGGCGCCAAGGGAAGCCUGAAACCAACGCCUGCUUUGUUGGCUGAGCUGCUGAAAGGUUCCAGCGAGAACAUGAUCUCCGAGCAGCGGAAGAAGACGAUAGCGGACACACGCACAUAUGUGGUGCAGGAGAUCUACCGCAACGAGCAGUCUUACGUGGAGUCCCUGCAGACCGUGGUCGUCAAGUAUCUGAAGGUGCUCAAAGCCCCCGAGCAUGCUGGCAUGAUAGACACACGCACCGUGGAUGAGAUCUUUUUCAUGGUACCCGACAUCCUCGAGAUACACGAGAAGUUCUUGGGCGACCUGAAGAACCGCUUGGACGACUGGGAUGUGCAGCAGAAAGUGGGCGAUGCAUUCAUGGACACGUUCUCAAAACUAGAGGUUCUAGAGGUCUACACAUCCUUUGUGAACAACUGCAAUCGGGCCAAGAAUGCCAUACGCUCCAUGAAGCACCAACGACCUUCCUUUUCAAAGUUCCUUGAGUCGACGGCUCGAGAGCACAAGGGCAAACUUACGCUGGACAAUCUACUCAUCAAGCCGGUGCAGAAGUUUCCCAACUACGAGCUGCUUUUCCAGCGAUUGAUAAAACACACCGAUCACGAUCAUCCGGACACAAAGCACUUGCAGGACGUGCUUAAGCUGGUGCACGAUAUUCUGGUCCACAUCAAUUGCAAAGAGCGCGAGAUCAUGGAGAACGGACAGCGGGAAGCCACGCUCCGUGAACUGGAGGGCGUUAUCGAGGGAAUCACCGAUCUUAUAGCUCCCGAAAGGCAGUUCCUGCUCUUCGACCUGGUCUCCAUGCCAUCGGGCCAAGGGGCGCGCAAGGAUCGUGGCUUCUUCCUGUUCAACGAUCUGCUCGUCCUCACGAGCAUCAAGAAACGAAGCGGCACCAUCCGCAAGCCCAACAGCAGCAUCUGUCCGGGCACUGUGGCCACCACUCUGGACACCAACAAGUACAAGUUCCUCACCAAGAUCUCGCUGGACUGCCUGGAAAUUGUCAAAUCCAAAGACGAGAACAUCAAGCGUAUUGUUAGCGAAAUCGAGACUUUGGCCGAAGACUGCAACAAGCUGCAGCAAAUCACCGACGUAACCGCCACCCUGAAGUACCCGCACCAGUAUCUGGAGGAUGUUAUCCGCGAUCUCCAUCGCGAAGUCCAGCGCCAGCUCUCCGAGCGUCAGACAAAUGACACUCAGCUGAAUAUGCUUGAGCUGACAGUCAGUUCACCGAACGGCAACCAGAAGUUGACAGUGGUCUUUAGCAAGACGGAGAAACGUACGCAGUGGGAGGAGAGCUUCAACGAGGCCAAGCAGAAGCUGGCUGCCACCCUGGAGCGACAUCCCAUACCGGAGUUCCUCACCUCAAUACCCAUCCGCAAGACCCGAGCUGGCCUCCAGUUCACCUGUGCGGCAGCCACGCUGAGUGACAACCGGGAUGUUUGGGUUUGCAACAGCGACGGCUAUGUGGGUCAGGUGUGCAUCAUGUCGCUGCAUCCGGAACCGAAUGUCACCAGCUGCAACGGCGUCUGUAAUGCCCGCAUCCUGUGUGUGGCCUCCGUGCCGGCGUACAGCUCGGCGGCCUCCAGUCGGAACAGCAGCGGCGAGCAGCCAACAGGUGGUGGCCAGGAAGAGAAGGACAAGCGGGGCACUCCCCAGAGCUACACACAGCAGUUGCGUGACUACCGCAAGAGCAUAUCGCCCAGCUUCCAGAGUGCCUCGACCUCGGCAACGGCUACGCCCGAAAAGAAGAAGCUGACGCCCACGCCCACGCCAGUCGCAAGUGGUGAUCCUGCGGAUGCGGCGGCCACAGGCAGCAGUGAUACUCAGCUGGAGCUGAACCUAAGCUCCAGCGACGACGAAACGGAUGCCGCCGCCGCCUCGCUGAACGUCGCCGGAAGCACUGGUGCGGGAUCUGGUGCAACUCUGACGGAGCGUGUACCUAGCCCAGCGCCCUCAUAUCAUGGACAUCAGGACUCCAAUCCCGAGGAGGGCGAGAGCAAUCAAUCAACCAUGUGGAUUGGCACUGAAGACGGCUGCAUCCACGUCUACAAUAGCACUGACAAUAUUCGCAUUAAGAAGAAUCGCAUCAAGAUCGAACACCAUUCAGCCGUCUAUUCCAUUUUGUACCUGGACAAUCGUGUGUUUGUAUCAUUAGCAAAUGGUGAUAUCUGUGUUUACCUGAGAGAUGGUGCCACCUCCUGGAAUACUUGCUCAUCGCAUUGCCUGUCCAUUGGCACGGUAACCAGUCCGGUGAACAAGCUCUUAAACGUCAACGGCCGACUUUGGUGUUCCAUUCAGGGAAUUAUCAAAGUGCUGGAUGUGGAGACUUUGACGGUCAUAAAUCAAAUACAGAUUUCAUCGGACUCGAAGCCAAUCACAAACAUGACAGUCUCAAACAAUCAUGUUUGGAUAUCCAUACAGAACUCAGCACACAUUAAAUGUUUCCAUUCCAAUACCCACCAACUGGUUACCGAGGUAAAUCUUGCCCCCGCCGUAAACAAGAUGCUCUCCAAUUGCGAUGAGAUCAUCCGGCAGCACAAGGCCGCCUGUCUGCGGGUCACCUCGCUGCUGUGCUGCAAGGAUCUCAUCUGGAUAGGCACUAGUGCGGGCGUUCUGCUGACCAUCCCGGCGCAGGGUUACGAGAAGGGUGCCAUUAACAUAGUGCCCACAGGCAUUCCCCAUGGCCACACCGGCCACGUGCGGUUCCUGACCUUUGUGGAAACUACGGGACUCGAGGGAACUGCACCAAAUGCCGGAGGGCGGGACACAGGAGGCUCCACGAGCGAUGAGUAUACCAAACAGGGCUCCAUCAAGCACUCAAAAUCCAAGUCCGAGACGAACAACACGCUGAUCAUCUCCGGUGGCGAUGGCUACGAGGAUUUCCGCAACUCCGGAGCCAACUCGCUGAGCGAGAUCGCUGGCCGCGAGGACAGCACCAACCAUCUUUUGAUAUGGCAAAUUUGAAGCAGAAGGCGUAAAAACCGCUGGAGGCUCCUGCUCUCGCGCUGGAAGAACAACAACUGAGAUCGCCUCAGUGGAUGUCCGAGGCCAGCGUUCGAGUGGAGGCAACCGCGGUUUUUAUGGGCCGAGCAAUAGUGUUAAUCGAGAUCCCCCAAGAUCUGCAGCAGCUGCUAAGCUGGAAAUUAGUAGGAUUAGCUGACGGACCUAACGGACUGAGGGACGAACCGGACGGAUGUACAGUUGAAUUUUGAUUGCUCGCAGAUUGACUUGUGAAUAUUCAACGUUUGGCAUUUUAUGUAUUUUGCGAGUCUUUUCUAGUGCCAAACAUAAAACACAAAUACAAAACACACACGACUCCUGCGCCAAAGCGAUUUGGGAAACACUUUCAAUGUACAUACAGAUCGCACCGCUCGAGGAGGACAGCUCGAUUCCACGGCAAUGUACGAUAGAUAUUUUUGUAUUGCUUAGCAGGCAGACUAAUUGUAAAUGUAAACCCUAUUCAAGUGUUAAGAGUUCGAGUCUAAGUUUGUUUGAAUUGAAUACAGGUCUAACAUACAAAUCACACAGUUAUACCGACUAACCCAGUGUACGAGUUCAUCCAUCUGAGGUUCGAUCCCCGCUCCGCAAUCCAAGCGCAUUAAUCGAAUUUAUAAUCUACAAUCCACUCAAGGGUCAUGUCACUUAAGUUCGCGUAUGGCUCCAACAAUGAGUACGCAUACCCAGGAUAGGCUUGUAAAAAUCGUAGUCUAAGCGACUCCCUAUUUUUAUUGUAUACAUACGCGCGUAAUAUAUACAUAUACAUAUAUAUUAAUUACUAUAUCGAUAACUGAUUAAAUGGCGUUUAUAAAGUUUAUUGUAAAACCUAUUUCAUGCAAGAGAAUUGAAUUUGAAAAUUGCAAAUUUUAACAUAAAUACGAGUGAUAUUCAAGUUUUUGCUAAAGUUUUUUGGGCAUGUACAAAACGUUAAACCUACACAAAACACUUAACACUCACACACCCCUCCCCCGAUCACCACCUACUUAAAAAUACAUAUAUUUUUUCUAAUUGAAUACUAUUUGUAAGUUGUGCGCACCGGAAAUGAAGCAACUCAAGCGACCCAUUAAUUUGCGGUCGCCGUCUCAAGCUCGAUCGUCUGUCUAAGGUAGCGAAUUGUAGUUAUUUAAGUAUGAAUAUUUAUAUGUUAUAGUCUGGUUGGUUAUUAACAUUAAUCAUUGUUCAGUGCAGUAUUUCAAGUGUAUGCUAAGCUCUUUGACCACCUACCAUCUACCAUCUACCACCACCCUAAGCCACUAAACCACACAACACCGAACCACCGAAAGCGGUUUCAUCUGUUAUUUGGGUGGACAACGCAUCCUAUGAAAUGUAUGAAAUGCAUUUUCUCAUAUUCAGUGAACAUCUGACAAUUGUUAUCCUACCUCUGCGAAUACCAAGGUGUUAAAAAUAUACUUAUAUACAUUAUGCUCGAGGUGUUGCUCUCGCCCGACAUAGAAUGAUCCGAAAAUGGGUUAGGAGUGUAGGCCGGAACAAAAAUAGGAGCACAAGCUGGCGCAAAACUCCCUAAACGAGCUGUAAUAAUAGAAUCUAAAACAAUAAUUCCCCCUUUGCCAAGCUGCAUUGUAAGGUUCAAUAAUAAAUUGUAAAUGUGUUAAAAAAAUAAAUAUAUUUACUUAUAUGGAGGCGUAAGCAUGUAUUAUGAUUAUGUUUGUAUCAUCUACUAUAUUAAAUGGAAUCUUUAAGCCCAACUAAAAA